AUGGCCGCCUCUCCGCCCGUCAGCCCGCCACUCAAGGCCCUGCCGCCUCCCUUUGAGCCCAAGCCGACGUACCUUCGCUCCGCCCCCACCUCGCGCUCCCCCUCGUACAGGCGGCUCAUCCUCUGCCUCGACGGGACCGGCAACACGUUCGGCACCGGUGGCGCGAGUCUCCAUCCCGUCCACCAUCUCUUUGAGCGCGAGCUGACCCUCCUCCGCCUCCUCCCCCACCUCGAGCAGAUCACCAACGUCCCGACCCUGUUCUCGCUCGCGUCCGAGGACCCCGACAAGCAGCUCCUGUACUACCAGGUCGGCAUCGGCCAGAGCAUCAGCACGCACGAGUCCGACUUUGCGCCGGGCAAGAUCUACUCGAAACUCGCGGCCACGGUCGACGAGGCCGUCGGCUUCAGCCUCGGCCAGCACAUCUGCGGCGCCUACCAGUUCCUCAUGAACUACUGGAAACCGGGCGACGAGAUCUUCCUGUUCGGCUUCUCGCGCGGCGCCUACACGGCUCGCGCACUCGCCGGCAUGCUUCAGCAGGUCGGGCUUCUUCCAGCCGGCAACGAGGACACGAUCCCCCUCGCGUUCUCGAUCUACAAGCGCAAGGCCAACACGAUGCUCGUUCCCGGCGUCGAGACGCUCGCCCAGGGCUUCAAGCGCACCUUCUCGAGGGACGUCGAGGUUCACUUUGUCGGCGUCUGGGACACGGUCGCGUCAGUCGGCGCCGUCAUCCCUCGCACCCUUCCUUUUGCGUCCGGCGCGUCGUACAUCCGCACCUUCCGCCACGCCCUCGCCCUCGACGAGGCGCGCGCCCGCUACUACCCGCAGCCGUGGAUCUACGAGGACGCGCUCGACAACGAGCCGCAGGACCGCGCCUCGGACGUCAAGGAGGUGUGGUUCGCCGGCGCGCACAGCAACGUCGGUGGCGGCGAGUUCGCGUACGACGGCAGCCGCACGCCGGCGCUCGCGCACCUGUCGCUGCGCUGGAUGCUGCGCGAGGCGGUCGAGGCCGGCUUCGAGGUCGACUCGGCGCGCCUCGCCGAGAACCCGCUCUUUGCGCCGUUCGUCAACCGCGCACGCCGCACGCUCGGCUCGGCGUCGAGGGGCGACGACGAGGCGCUCGAGGCGUACCUGCGCCGCGCGAGGGACAAGAACCCGGGCCUCAACGAGGUCAUGGCGGCCACCGUCUUCCUCGCGGCCCGUCCGUCGCCCGAGACGACCGCGGCGGCCCUCUCGCCUCGCGCAAACCACGUCUCGUUCGCGCUCGAGCUGCGCCCGGCCGAGGAGCGCAAGGCGCGCGGCAUCAAGGGCCGCCUCGCCGACUGGUGGAGCCGGGUCGGGACGAGGGCGAUGACGGCGUUCUGGUGGCUGCUCGAGGUCAGCCCGACGGUCAAGAUCUUCUGGGACGCCGAGGGCAACGAUAGGAGGUGGAGCAUCCGCUCGAACAACGGCCGCGGUCGCCACCUCCCGCCGUCACCGUCGUUCCACUUCUCGGUCAAGGAGCGUCUCGAAGCUCGCGGCGCGGCGGCCUUUGGGCCGGGCAACAACGAGAACUACCCCGAGGGCGGCCGGUACCAGAUCAAGGCGCACUUCUCGCGGGGCCAGGGUCUCGGCGACGUCACGUUUGUCGAGUGA